UCUGAGUGGAUCUCACACACACACACACACACAGAGUCAGACCAGUGUGGAGUAUCAGCGCUCGGCGCAGGACAGAUAGAGAGGGAGAACUGCACCUGUCCCACACACACACUCUGUCCUCACACACACGUACUGAGGAUCUGACCGGUCGUCCCUAUGUGUGGAUGGGACCAAAGCUACACGGCGACCUCUCAUAGCUCGGCCAUGUUGACCAGUGAGGGGGCGCACACCAUGGAACAAGACGACUCACACCAUGGACCCAAGAUGGCCUCCACCGCCACCAGUGCUGCCGCCACCUCCAGCUCAGAUGGAGCAGAGACAAUGACGGACACAGACAUCGAUAUGGAGAUGGAAAUGGAGGACGCAGACAUGAGCCGAUGGACAGAGGCAGAUUUCGAGGAGAAGUGCACAUACAUCGUCAAAGACACAGCAUGGGAGGUGGGGCCAGACAGUGACACCACGAUGAUCACCAGAGCUGAAGCAUCACUGCCUCGAAACCUGGCCUUCAAACACCCAGCUGAAAGCACAGAGGUGGUUGGCGUGUGCAGCAGGGAGUACAUCCCCAAAGGGACUCGCUUCGGUCCCCUGGUGGGCGAGAUCUACACGGCCGACAGCGUCCCCAGAGAUGCCAACCGCAAGUACUUCUGGAGGAUUUACGUGGACGGGGAAUUUCAUCACUUUGUCGACGGCCUGGAUGAAACUCGCUCUAACUGGAUGCGAUACGUGAACCCAGCCCACUCUGCUGCGGAGCAGAAUCUGGCGGCCUGUCAAAACGGCAUGGAGAUUUAUUUCUACACAGUGAAACCUGUCCCUGCUGGUGCUGAGCUGCUCGUCUGGUACUGCCACGACUUCGCCCGACGCCUCCAUUAUCCGCCGUCAGGAGAGCUGAUGAUGCAGAAACUCAAGCAGUCCCUCAAGCAGCAACAGGCGAGCAGCGAGGAGUGUUCAGUUGAAGCCCCCGUCAUAGUGACCCCCACCCCACCCAAGAGGGAACACAGUGUCCUCUCCAUUCUGCGUGGAUGUAACAGCACCUCAUCCUCCUCCUCCACCAAGAGGGAGCCCAGUCGGCCGCUUCCAACCCGCCCACACUGUAGCAGCAGCCCUGAGCGCCCCCUGUAUCCUCGAGCUGUCUACCCAGCCCUCAGGCCCCAGUCUCAUAUCCAUGAAGACCUCCUUAGCCACAAAGCUGGCCAGCUCUGUUACCCUGCAACUCGUUCACCUGGCAGCCAGUCUUUGGCCACACCUAGCCCGUCAGCAAGGAGCAGCCCAGACAGUAGCCCUCAGGGGAGCCCCUUGGGCCUGGCACCGUCUCCAGCAUCUUUCUACCCCACAGGACUGGGUUCCUACCCUGGUUACUCCCCACCAUCUGCCCCCCUAUCUUCACCCUUCUACCCUCCAGGAGCCCCCUACUCACGCUACCUCCUGCCCCAUCACUACCCUUUGCCUGGCGGUGGCGUCCCCACCAUGGGAGGGGUCAUUCACAGGAUGUACCCCCUCUACAGCACCCUCCUGCCCACUCAUGUGCCCCUCCUGCCCUCCGACACAGCAGCGAGACGCUUCCUGAUGCCUGACCCUGUCCAACCCUCCUCCAUCUCUACCCAGAGGGACUUCCUCCUUCCUGGGCCCACUAGUGCCUUCUCAGUCACCACUUCUCUGAAGGACAAAGCAGGGCCUCAUCUUCCCUUCCCAGGGCACCCUCACACACAUGGACCAAGCCACGCCCCCUCCGGUGGCUCCCCAACAGCAGGCACAGCGCCUCCCAGCGAACACAUGCCCACCAAGCCUACCUCAGCCCUGCUGGGCAACACCAGCGAGCAUCGGUCCGACGAGGAGGCCGUCAACCUGACCAAAGUGAAGCGAGGCGCAGGCUCAGCAGGCUACAAGGCACUGCCAUACCCACUGAAGAAGCAGAACGGCAAAAUCAAGUAUGAGUGUAACGUGUGCAGCAAGACCUUCGGACAGCUGUCAAACCUCAAGGUUCAUCUUCGUGUGCACAGUGGAGAAAGACCCUUCAAAUGUCAGACAUGUAACAAAGGCUUCACUCAGCUGGCCCACCUGCAGAAACACUACCUGGUCCACACUGGGGAGAAGCCACAUGAAUGCCAGGUUUGUCACAAGCGCUUCAGCAGCACCAGCAACCUAAAAACUCACCUGCGCCUCCAUUCGGGGGAGAAGCCUUACCACUGCAAACUCUGCCCAGCCAAGUUCACACAGUUUGUCCACCUCAAGCUGCACAAGCGCCUGCACUCUCGUGAACGUCCACACAAAUGCCCCCACUGCCACCGCCACUACAUCCACCUGUGCAGCCUGCGGCUUCACUUGAAGGGCUACUGCCUAGCAGCUAACUCAGGCUCUGGCAGUCCAGCUGCGCUAGAAGAGGUUCACCGUGCCAACGACGAGAUUGACCGCUUCGACAUCAGUGAGCAUGCUGAGAGGCUGGAGCAGUUGCAGGGAGGGGUGGAGCUGGAGGCCAUUUUGGAGAAGCAGGUCUUAGGGAUGCUUUGGAGAGAGACCGACCUUAAGUCCUCCCACUUCCAUCCACACCACCAGGGUGGCGCCACCGAGCUUCUGUCCACAGGUUAUGGUGCAUAUGAGCCCUUGAACGAGACGUCGGUUAUCAAAAAGCGGCACAGCAGCCCCAUCUCGCCGCUUCCUGCCAACGUGACUGUCAAGCAAGAGUCAGAGGAUCACGCUUAAGUGACCUUUGAAUCCAAGGGACAUAGAGUCAAGACUGCAUGACUCACAGUGCACUGGGUUGCCGGGAGCAGCAGCUGUAAAUAAAUAAUCCUCAACCUAGUUGUCAUCAGAAGUGACAUCACGACCACAACAGGUUUUCAACCUAUCAGGGACUCACGUACUCAGGGCUACAAGAGACACUGUCCCAUGACUACUUAGUGGCUUCAGCGUUUAAUAUACUUAGAGACAAUCAUCUAGGCAGGACUUAUCUUUAAUGUAAUUAAUAUAAUGCUAUUAUCAUUAUUGUGGUAUUACUUGGUCUCUACUUUGGCUUGGUGGAUCAGUUAGUUGUUAUAUAACCUCCUUAAUUUAUUAUACUUUUUAUUUGUUGUCUUCAAAAGCAAGUGGAAUCAGUGAAAAGGACUUUUUUUCUGUUGCUGUUGCUGUUGCUUUAUUUUUCUUUGUGGCCAUUUCUCUGUAGAUAGUCAGUUCUCUAUGUCUCUAUCCAUCCUGAAACCUCUGACCUAGAGAACCAGGGGUGUCUUCAGGGUUUUAUUUCAUUAAAUUUUGAAACCAGUAUAGCAGGUUAAAUGGGGUUGAAAAUUUUUGCCAAAAUAUGGCACAUAAAUUUGUUACUUUAGCAAAAAAAGAGCUUUAUUCCAACCCUGCUGGAAAGCUCCCCUAGAGUUUGUCUGUCUUCUUUACAGAUGCCUACUUAAUUUAAAUGAAAGAAAAAAGGGCUUUUUUGUAUAUUUGUCACAACGGUUACCUCAGUGUGCAUGUGAUGUUAUGAGUGUGUGUGUGUUUAAACUGAUGGCUGAAGGUGGGAGCUUUCUAUUUAUUUGGUUUUUGUUUGUUUGUUUUGCUACUUGAAGGAGAAUAAGAAACCAAACUGAACUGGAGUGCAGCUCUUCAUAUGGUCCAAAGGAGCGGCACAGCACGCUCGACAUGUAGCACAUAACGGACACGGGAGGCUUGCGAGCCGUGCCUCCUGGUCCUACCUUUUGUUUUGUUUCUACAACACUGUCAGCACCCACCAGGAAGGUGAAUGUCAGGGAUUCACUCUUGGCCCCUUGUAACCAAAGUUCACUUGGCUUUCAUUUCAAAUGCACAUCAAACAACACAGAAAAGGAAAAUCAAAGCAAUGGAAGAGGGACUGGAGGAAUUAAAAUGCUGAAGAAGGGAAGAUGAACUGUUUGUGUAUAUCAUGAAGUGCUCGCUCUUUAGCUGUGGUCACUCAUUUUGUAAAUGUUUUUGUUUUGUUGUUCUUGUUUGUCAUUAUUUGGUUGAGAAACAAUGGCCCCAUCUUCAAUCCUACUUGUUCGCCAUCUUGUUAAUUAAUGAACUGGCAUACACCAAAGCACCUCGGCCUUCCUUUAUGCACUGGCCCCCCUUCUCUUACUUUAUAACUUCAGUGCCGAUGCUUGCACCAUUUACACUGUGGAAAAUAUCAUUCAAACUGGUCAUACUGGCAUUAAGACUCAGCUUAAUGUUAUUGAAGCAGCUGGGAUUUUCUGCAGCAGUUGCACAUCAAUAUGAUCUCUGGAGCUCUUUCUCUCCUCUGUUUCAUUUCCCUUUAACUAAUGUUUGACCAAAGCUUCAUAUUAUUUCCCUCUCUGAAUAGAGCUUUAACUCCGGAGGAGAAUCUCCU